AUGUCCAAGAAGGGUAGCGACACACCAUCGUCAAUCCGCAUCCGCGAGAACCAGAGGCGUUCGCGCAACCAGCGCAAGGAGCUCAUCCAGGACUUGCGCCGCCGAGUGCAAGAAUAUGAAAUCAAGGGCGUCGCCGCCACGCAGGAGAUGCAGCGCGCUGCACGCAAGGUCGCCGAGGAGAACUCACUGUUAAGAAGUCUACUCGCCAGCCGUGGUGUAACGCACAAUGAGGUAGAAGCAUAUCUGCGCUCCUUCAAGACCAACACCACUCCCACCACUCCCACCACUAUUACUCCUGUUACUCCUAUCACCACUGCUCCCAGCUAUGCACCCCAUGUGCUGCCUGUAACAUCAGGGCUUCCAAGGACUCCAAUAUCACAUCAACCCGUGGUUCCAAAGACGAUGCCCCUGUGCAUGCAGCCCCCUACGCAGUCUCCUGCGCAAACCUCGAUUAGGCCACUAGCGCCGUCGACAGCUCAGCCUCAACCACAACCACGCCCAGAGUCUCAAUCCACCCAGCGACCGGUCCCUGCCCCUAUCAAUGCAUCGCCGGCUUCAACCUGUUGUAAGCCGGUAGACAGCACUAGUCAUGACAAUGCCCCGGCUACAUUUUCCAUACCACAAGAAGAUGCAGAAUGUCCUAAUACCGCUAGCUGUUUCUGCGCCCCGACUCCUAUGCCUAAGGAGACGCCAAUCGAUACCGGAUUGCUGAUAUCAUGCGAGACGGCUGCUACCAUUAUUGCUGAGAUGCGCGGUGAUGGAGAUCGCAGUCGAAUCAGAGCUAGUCUGGGCUGCGUUGGGGAUGAGGAGUGUAAUGUCAAGAAUACUCGUGUGCUAGAACUAAUGGAUGAACGGUAA